GCAAAAGAAAAAGGCAAAAAGUCUUCGCUAAGAACUGUGUCAACUAUACUUAUUAAUUUUCAAUUUCAAUUAAAGAAAGACUGUGUGUAAGAUUUUCGUUUCGGUUUAAGGGCGUAUGAUGUAUUCCUGAAUCCAGGGAUUCUAUACGAUUUGUUCGUAGAUUCGCAGAAGUUAAAGCUCUAGGCAACGACGACGAUAACAUGAAAUAUAAGCUUUUACUCAUUUUAAAAAAUAACACUAACAUAUUUGUAUCGUAUAAAUGCAAAAGGAUGUGCGUAUACUGUUCGUCUUCGACUUCUAACCAAAUACAGGACAUUUCUUUAUUCUAACAAUAGAAUGGAUCAUAAAUGUGACAAUGAUAAUAAUGAUGGCAAAGAAGAAAACAAGAUGUUUUGGUUUAAAUGGUGAAGUUGAGUCCUGAGUACCUAUGGUAUAGUGUACAGUACAUAACAUUGAGUAUCUGAUUGUGCUUGCGUGAUAGCAGCCUCGCCGCAUUUCUUAUUGUGUAUAUUGAGACAGCAGAAGGAUACUUUUGGUUGUAGAAGUUUUUAUCUGUGUGUUUGGCUGCUUUUGUGUAGGUUUUCGUUCGGGAGACUAAAGUAAAAUUUGCCUGGUCGCACCCUGAAAUUUCUUCGUGAUGUAAGUUCUGGGGCAGUCGGUCUCUGCAAAUUCGCUUAUUUGAAACAGAAAUAUUAAAUGUAUCCUUUAGUAAAGUGAAAAAAAUUGUUUAAUUCAGUGAAACAACAAUCGUUUUAUUAAAUAAAAUGAUUUAAAAAAUAUAAAAGUAAAUAACUUUUAUUAAACUCGAUUAUAUUCACAAAUAAUUUACAUAUUAUUCGUGUUUAGCAUUUACUCUGAUGAAAAACUGACACAAAAAGUGAUUUAAUGGUGAAAAUUUAAAGUGUUUUAAAAUGUUUAAUCUGGAAUAUGUGAUGCAAUUGAAGGAGUUGUCAUAGACAAACGUUGCUACAUAAAUACAAAAACAAAACUUAUUUUAAAUCAAAAGAUUCCGAUUCUGAUACCGAUAUCGUUUCCGAAUUCAAAUUUAAAUUCAAAUUCAAAAACGAAAAGUGAUAUGAUAAAAAAUGGAUUACAAAAACAAGAAGAAGAUGGGGAAUUUUAAAAAUUCCAGGUACUACCUAUCAAACACAAAUACUAAAAUAAACUUGGAAACCUGCAGGCGGUGAGAUGAACUUGUGGGCAAACGUAAUUGGAUGACAAAGUGUUGUUGUACUGUAUAAGGGAUACAGUGAUACGUAGUUGGAGACAGAGUAACCAAAGAAGACGACGACGUACAAGCAUACCAAAUCGAGAAGUGGAAACAGUUCAUCAGCACAAAAGGGCUUUUGAGGCAUAUCCCUUUUCCAGCCAAUUCUAUUCCAAACUUUAUUCAACUCGCUUUAAAACACAGAAAACACAAUAGGGAUACAAAUAAAUAUUAAAAUGAGUCAAUCGAUAAUAGAAAACUUUAGCAUAGCGCUGCCAAGAGCUCGACUAAUUACUCUAUGGGUAGCAUUUAACCUAGCUUUCAUACUGCAGGAACCUUCAAAAAAAUUGGCUUCAGUCGAUGCAGCAACUGGCGGAGGAAGUAUGUUGGGUGAUGUCAACAUAUCUGCGAUAUUGGAUUCUUUCAGUGUAAGCUACGACAAAAGAGUAAGACCAAAUUAUGGAGGUCCUCCUGUGGAAGUUGGAGUCACUAUGUAUGUCCUCAGUAUCAGUUCGGUUUCGGAAGUUCUUAUGGACUUCACAUUGGACUUUUACUUCCGUCAAUUUUGGACUGAUCCUCGAUUAGCGUACAAAAAACGACCUGGAGUUGAAACAUUAUCAGUUGGAUCAGAAUUUAUAAAAAAUAUAUGGGUACCUGACACCUUUUUUGUAAACGAAAAGCAGUCAUACUUUCACAUAGCAACUACUAGUAAUGAGUUUAUCCGCGUGCACCACUCAGGAUCAAUCACAAGAAGUAUAAGAUUAACUAUUACUGCAUCAUGUCCGAUGAAUCUUCAAUAUUUCCCCAUGGAUAGGCAGCUAUGUCACAUAGAAAUUGAGAGCUUCGGUUACACUAUGCGAGAUAUACGCUACUUCUGGAGAGAUGGACUGAGUAGUGUUGGCAUGAGCAGUGAAGUUGAGCUACCCCAAUUCCGCGUUUUGGGACACAGACAGAGGGCGACCGAAAUUAACCUUACCACAGUUGGAUAUACUAUGCGAGACAUACGUUAUAAAUGGAAUGAAGGCCCUAACUCAGUCGGUGUCUCAAGUGAGGUAUCUCUUCCCCAAUUUAAGGUCUUGGGUCAUCGGCAGAGAGCUAUGGAGAUCAGUCUUACCACAGGAAACUAUUCGCGAUUGGCUUGUGAGAUCCAGUUUGUAAGAUCAAUGGGGUAUUACCUCAUUCAAAUUUAUAUUCCAUCUGGACUAAUCGUAAUUAUAUCAUGGGUAUCCUUUUGGCUCAACCGAAAUGCAACACCUGCCCGUGUAGCAUUGGGUGUCACAACCGUGCUAACAAUGACAACAUUGAUGUCAUCAACCAACGCAGCAUUACCGAAAAUCUCAUACGUAAAGUCAAUAGAUGUUUAUCUUGGAACAUGCUUCGUUAUGGUUUUUGCUAGUCUCCUGGAAUACGCUACCGUCGGUUACAUGGCAAAACGAAUUCAAAUGCGAAAACAAAGAUUUAUGGCGAUCCAAAAAAUAGCUGAGCAAAAAAAGCUACAAGUAGAAGGGGGACAACCAGCGCCCAAUCCAAAUCCAAGUGGGGAUCAUGGACAUGGGCAUGGCCAUGGUCACAGCCAUGGGCAUCCUCAUGCACCAAAACAAACAGUGAGUAACCGCCCAAUUGGCUUUUCCAAUAUCCAACAAAAUGUUGGUACGCGCGGUUGCUCGAUAGUGGGACCCUUGUUCCAGGAGGUGAGAUUCAAGGUUCACGAUCCUAAGGCUCAUUCCAAAGGAGGGACUCUAGAGAAUACUGUGAACGGUGGACGUGGUGGUGCUAGUGCUGGAGGCGGUGGCGGCGGAGGUGGUGGUGGAGGAGGUACUGAGGGCGGGGGUGGUGGUGGAGAUGCCGAAGCUGGCAGUGCAGUCCCCUCUCAUUUACUUCAUCCUGGAAAAGACAUCAACAAACUCCUAGGAAUUACUCCCUCGGACAUUGACAAAUAUUCAAGAAUAGUCUUUCCCGUAUGUUUUGUUUGCUUUAACUUAAUGUACUGGAUAAUUUAUUUGCAUGUGAGUGAUGUCGUCGCUGAUGACUUAGUGUUACUUGGAGAAGAAAAAUAAAUUUAUUCGUUCGUUAAAAACAAAAAACACAAAGUUAAAAAAAGGAAAAUAUCGAUUUCGAAAAACAAAUAUAUCCAUAAUAUUAAAAAGAAAAAAAAUACUGAAACACUACCAUCACAAUAAUACCCGCAGAUCAACACUAAAUAUAACAAAAAUAAUUUAGAUUAAUAUGUUCCCGAUGCUGAGCGCAUAAUUACUUCACCAGCCCAAAAAACUUAAAAUAAUUGUUCUCACCAAACCCUUACUCGAAAAAAACUAGGUUUUAAAUCAUUACUUAGUUGUAAACAAUUGAUAUAAUUUAGUCUUAAAAAUAUUAUUGUACAAAAAUAAUUUUUACAUACAUGUUUAUUAUAUAAAUCGUAUGGACAAUUUGCGAGUGAUAUAACCACUGAAACACGCUUCCUAAAUUAAACAAAAAGGUAAAUGUUAAAAAGCAAGAUCGUUACAGAGCCCUUAAAUAAAAUUGUCAGUCAUAAAAUAAUACAAACCAAACAAGUAAGCGGACUCUCGCAACGAAAUUUUAUUAUUAAAAAAAUGCACAAUUAUAGUGCCCGCACCAAACAAAAUUCUAAAUUGGUUUACCAAUACUAUUUAUGAAGAAAAAGCAAGUGUUUAAAAUUGUUUUAGACAGCGCAAAAUCGAUUCUCUAUUUUUAUUAGUAAAAAGAAAUAGUUAAAUAAAAACAUUAAACAUUCGCGCUUCCAAUACUAUUUGCCAAAUUUAUUUACCUCUGGAGUAAUCUCGAAUUAAAAAAUUAAAUACUGCAUUGCACGAUUUUGUUAAUAACAAAAAUGUAUCUAGGCACAUCCAAAUCAUGUUCUAUUUUGGUUUUAUAAAUGCGUUGAAUAUGAAUUUAAAAUUUAUAUGUUAUUUGUUAAGACGUUAAUUUAAGGAAAACAAAUAAGUAACAAUAGAAUACAAAUUGUUUGCAAACUGUAAAUCUACUCUUUUUGUAUUUGUUUAAAAAAAUAAUAAUUAAAUAAAACAUAACAAAAAUGUUAAGAACAUAAGAUUUCAUUUGCUUCUUUAUUCAUAUGUGUACCUACUAAUACAUAUGAAUAUAUGUUAUGCAUGUACAUACAUUUAUUGUACCCCCAUUAAUUUGUAUUACUUUUAUUCAGUCAUCAGUUUCCUAGUUUUAUUUUUAAUUCCAUUAGUAUUUCUUGUUAUUUUAAUAUUUUAAUUUGCUAGAAAUGCACAAACAUACAAUUUUUAAGUGUACAAACAAAAAAAAAAACUAAAUAAAUACAAAAGGAUCAGCUCUUUGGUUCUUGCUGAUUUCCAACUUAUUCUGUUUCUUAGAAACGCAUUUUAUCACAUCUUUUUGUACCAAUUAUUGUUCAAUUCCAAACAUAAAUAUAGAAAAAUUACUUAAAAAGCAUCGGGAAAUAAUAUAUAACAGAAAAUAUUUCUACACGCAAAUUAGAUAGAAUUAAAUGAUUUACAAGUUAAAAUAAUAAGAGAAAUUAUUAAAAAAAUUCAUUUUAAAUCAAAAACGUAAAAAAAUAGUCAAAAUAUAAUAUUUUCAGUAUUCUCUACAGAAAUCUUUUUGUAUUUUUUUUACCACACCUUUUAAUAUCCAGAAGAAUGAAUGAAAUACUUGAUUUUGGAACUAAGAUCCAAAAUUGAAAUUUUAUUUUUCACAUAAGACACUACGAAAUUGCAAAUGCGCAUCAUUCAACACACGUCAUUAUAGAAAGUGUUUGUAGAUAUAGGAACUGUUUUUAUUUAAUUUUACAUCUUGCACCUUUUCUCUAAAUCUCAUUCAGUAUACACGUAAACGUAACAUAUAGAUAUAUACAUAAAUUAAAUAAAUAAAAAUAAAAAGGAAUAUGCAUACAUAAAUAUAUAUUUAUAUAAAAGUGUGUAUAUAGGUACUUAUAGAUUGUACAAAUAGAUAUACUGAAAAAAAUUCUUACUAAAACGUUAUAUAUUAAUAAUUUUGCAAAAAAAAAAUAGGGAAAAUAAUAACAAAUUAACAGUUGAAAUUCAAGAGGGAAAGAGGUAUUCAAAACAUAAUAAAUAUUUACAUAUUUAUUAUUAUUGAGGUAAAAUAUAGAUUACAUGGUCAUGUAAACGGUUAUAUGUAAGCAUAUAAUAAAAUGCAAAGUUGAUUAAUCUCUCGCACACUCAAUUUAACCAAAAUAUACGUUCACCCAUAAAACAUUUAUGUAAGAGAACACGUCAUACUAUUCAUUUCCAUUUGAUGGUUGUGAAAGAAAGGAGCACCUUUUCCAUAAAACAUCAAACAUUAUGAUCCAACCUACUGACACCGCUUUUUCAACAUCAUCGUUUAAUUAUUAGUUUAUUCAGUAUAUUCACCUUCUUUCGUUAGCAUCCUUUCAAAAUAACAAUAUAUAUGUUAAUUUGAACAGCAGUGAUAUAAAUAAACCUAUAUAUCAAAGUGAAAUCUAAAAAAAACUGCCUAAACCGCAAUAAUGCGAUUAAAAACAUAUUUUAUUUAUUCUAAACAUUUAGACAAAUUAGAUCUUUUUAAUAUGCUCUUAUUCAGGUUAAGAUAUAACAUCACUUGGAAACAUGUAUAAGAUGACUUAUGUUUUCAAAAAUAAGCAUUCUUCAAUCUGCAGAUAUCGAGCAAAUACAAACUAAACACAAAUUAGAAUAUUUACUCGUUAAAUAAAAAAAACAAAAACAAAAACAUAAUUAGAUUGACUUGACCAUUUCUCAAAACUAAAAACAAACUUUCAAGUUUAGUUUUAGAACAACAAUGUCAUUUGUCUUCGAGCCAUAAUUUUAGAGAACUAAUAUUGUAACACGGAACAAAAAUAUGUUAAAUCCAAAAAAACUUAUUCCUUCGGCUCCUUCACAUAACAUAAUAUAUCACAGCUCAAACUAACUUAUAUUGUUUUAAAAUGAAAGCACUAUUUUGCACUACCUUUAUCCAAUUUUUGUUGAAAUUUGCAUACACCUUCUAAAAAUGCCAUUGUUUUUCUUUUUUAAAUAAUAAUAACCAAAUCAUUUGCUAGGUAGGUUUAAAAUUUAAACAUAGAUAAUUUUCAAAAACAUAUUUUGAUAAUUUAUGUUACUUGGGAGAUCCAAACCCACUACCUUCAUAUAGCAAAAUAGAGAUAUAAAACUUGUGUAAAUAAAUAUUUUGCAGAAAAAUAAAUACAAAUCUUCUGAGCAACUACAGCAACACUGAAUAAUUUAUUUUUAUAAAAAUAGGUAAAUCAAGUAUUAUUUUGUAGGAACAGACUUCGCAAAACAUUUUUACUUAAUUUUAUUGUAUUGAAACAAAAAAUAACUUGAAUGAAAAAUAAUAGCAAUCAAAUAAAAACACAGUAAUAAUCUAACCAUUCACAUGAUAUGCUCGCAUGUACAAACUUACAUACAUACCUACUUUUUUAGAAAGGGUUUGUAACCUCUCAAGUCUUGAUUCAACACUUUUCGGGUAUAUGAUUGUUGAAAUAAGAUUUCGAUUAAUUUGAAUACAUUUUUUAAUGAUUAAAGUUUGCAAAAAAAACAGAAUAAAUCUUUCUGUAUCUUAGAUAAGAUUUCAAGACAUAGUUUUUGUUUGAUUUUUAAUUUUUUUUAAGGCCAUACAAUCUCAGCUUUUCAAAUUUUAUUUUUCGAGAGCCAAGAAAUUAUUUUAAAUUUAUUUGAAAAAUGUUCCUAAGCAUCAUAUAUUUUAAAAACUGAAUCACGACUCCUUAAAAUAAAUACGGGAUGAUAUUUUUUUCACGAGAUUUGUUAAGGAUUAUUUGAGAAGCUAAAAGUUGGUAUGUGUGUUAAACUUUUGCAAGUUGCAAACGUGUGCGUAUGUAGAAUUCAUUGCAUUUUCAAAGAAAACAUUUCGAAUGCUCCCUCUUUUUAACCUUAUGUAUAUGCUUAUGUAUGUCUUAUAGCCAGAUCAAAUUGUGUAUAUAACUGAAUAACGAGUAUAAUGACUGCAUGCAAAAUAUUGAUACAUUUUAUAAAUAUAUCAUAUUUACAGAAACACUAAAGCCAACCCAAGAAAUACUAAAAAUUAGAAUAAUGAUUGUUUCAAAAGUGACAACACUCUUUCCGAUUCGUGGUUAUUAUAAUAACUUUUGAACUUCAAAGUGUCGCACUGUAGAAUGAAAAUAAUAAAAAAAAUAUAUAUAAAAAUAUUAAAAUGUGUUUAAAUAAAACAAAAGCAAUACUUUUAAAACAUACAUACAUACAAUUUUCUUUUGUACUUAAGUUAGUUUUGUUAUUUCUUUUUUUUGGAAAAUUUGUGUUAUUUAAGUAAACACCCUUAAUAUUUGUAUAAAAACAAAAACAACACAACCAAAUCUAAAGAAGGAAUGAGUAGUAGUAAACAAUUUAACAUAAUAUUGAAAUAGACAUAAACAAACACAAAUUAUAGAAACAAAAUUUGUUGCAUAAAAAUAUUGUCCUUGAUGUGAAUGAAAUUUUAAACUCGAACACUUAGUUAUUUAGAAUAAUUGAACGGUAAACUAUUCUACCAUAUCAUGUCUUGGGAAAAAUUCUAUUUGAAAUUAUUUGUAAAAAGAUACAGCAAAAAUAUUUAUGCUGAUUUGUCAUAUUUUGAAGUGUUUUUAAUUUAAAAAAAAAAUAAGUACGUAUGGGAUGUCUAUAAAAUUAUAUUUUUGUUUACGCAUUUACUUGACCUUUUGAGGUUUGUGGAGUACUACACUACGACUUAUUUACAAAAAGUAUUUUUAUUUACGUAAGUUUUACUUAAAUGAAUUGAACAUCAAACUUCUAAAUUUAAUAACUUUUCGAAAAAAAAUCUUAUUUUUAUACAUUAGGUACCGGGAAAAAAGAUCUACUAUAAAACUAUUAUGAAUGAUACUUAAUAUAAGAUAAAACGGAUGCUCAACGGUUUCGGAGCCUAUUUAAGUUUAUAAAAAUUAGAUAUAUAGACAUACAAAUCGCAGGGAAUACAUCCGAUGUGUUCCCACAUAACAUGUUUAAAUAUACACAUACAAAUAAUACUUUCUUCAAAAUUAGAAAAAUGUACAUUUAAAAUAAUUGAAUAAAUACAUUUGAACACAAAAUAGUUACAAAAUAAGUGAAACCAUGAAAUUCUAAAAUAUAAUCACGUAAGUAAAACAUAGCUAACAAUUAACUUAUAUAAUUAUAAAAAAAAACAAAAUAUAUAAUAAUACCAGAAUUAAACAAUUAAAAAAAACUUGAAUCAAUUUCGUUGCUUGAUUUCAAAAUGAAGAAUAAGUUGUUUUUUAUAUUCAUACACAUGUAGACACAAAUUCACAUAUUAUAUAAAUAUUUAUAUUGUAAAAAAAAGACAAAAUACAAACAAUUCUGAGAUUAUAAAAAGUAAUAUAAACCUUAAAACAGUUCUGUACUUUGAAUGCAUACAGUUAAAUUAUAAAACAAAAUGCAUGGCCGUUAACUCAAAUAGACUUUUUGUUAAUAUUAAAUAUUUGACAAUCGGUUUUUAAAUUUAAUUUAUUUUAAACUAAACUGUAACCAUAAAUAAGAACUUGCUUUUUAUAAGGAAAUAGUAUUAAUUGAUUGUAUGCAAUUUGAUGCGUUUUUGGAAAUUGGAAUAAGAACUCCGUUAUUUGUUUGCUUAUUAUAUUGACGGAAGUCGAUAUCAAAAAAUCGAAAAGUCAUACUUGUACAUUUAAUUAUGCUUCAAUAAGUACAUUAAGCACAUGAAUUUAAAAUUAUGUGAGCAGAUAUUUCAUUCCUUAUUGCAUAAAGUAUUUGUAUUGCACAAGCAAAUUUCUAUAAUCCCAAAUUUUCAGUAAGAAAGCAAUUGUGUCUUUUUUUAUUCAUAAAACUGUUAGAACUUCCUUCUCUAAUUAGUUUUUUUUUACUCUAAGUUCUUAAAUCUGUUUAGUAUAUUAUUUAUCCGUCCAUGAAAUCAAUAUCGCAAAAGUUCCUAUAACUUUAACUUCAUAAAAACUUCAUUUUUUUAUAAACCAAAUAUUUAUUUAUGCAUCUGUUUUUCUUUGACGAUUAAUAUACUUCUAUAUUAUGUACUUGUACUUCCACUUUUAAAGUGUAUACCAGUGUGUUCCUUAUUUUUAAAAAUGUUGGGUUCCUAGACGUUCAUUUUAAGUUUAAAGCCUUUAUCAUAACAAAAACUAAUGCCAGUCUGUAACUAGAGUUUCAUGCUCUACUUAACUAUAUCAUGCUUGUGUUGGACCAGCUCGCCAGUUCUUUGAUAUCCAUCUGUGAUUUUAGGAACCAUGAUAGUAACCAUAAGAUUAAUGUUCAAGCUCAUAAGCUCGUCCUGCAUUGCUGGACCAGAGAAUGAUGCGGCCAAACUUAUGGCUUUCACUGCCACCUGAAUGUCAGCAAAAUAGCCGUAUGUAUAUAUUUUGGUUCCGAUCUGAAUUAAGUUUGAUUACUUUACAACGAUUGCUAUAUUUCAAAUUCUCUCAUCACUAUGCCAUCCUUUCAAUCCGUUCUGAAUGUAAAGAUCAAUUUCAAAUUCUAACUGAGGCUUUAAGCAGGUGUGCAUAUCUCAUUGCUUAUGAACAUAGAACAGCUAUUUUCUUGAUUUUUGUAUAUUCAAAGCAAUUAGCUAUGCAAUAUAUUUAUAACCAUAAGAAAAUCUCGUUGCAAAGAGGCAUGAAUAAAUUCUAAGAUAAACAUUUCAACCGUGUCGCAAAUAAUAUUUUAUUUAUUUUAACCCAACAAUAUUUUUGUUUUCACAACUCUGCUCACUGAAUUAUAAAUUCAAAUUAAUUUAAAAUUUUUGUUUGUGUUAUACUGAGUUGAAAACUACUUGAAAACCUAACAAAUAUUUUCAAAUAUUUACAUAUAUUGUUAUAAACUUAAAGGAGUUGUAUCUGUAUUAUGCUCAUGAUUUUUAAGAAGUACCCACAAAUAUUUCAAACAGUGAUUUUUUUACCACAAUGCAACAAUUUAAUUCAUAAGAACUAGAUAUAUAUUUAUCGGUCCAUGCGAUAAAAAGAACUCUUAGUGAAGAGACUUUUAAAAAGAAUAUAUAUACAUAUAAAUAUGUAUAACAACUAUAUAAAAAGAAGUACGUAUGUAAAAUGAUUGAUCAAUGAUCACAAUUUUUGACUGUGUUAAUUUCAUUGUAAAACUUACAAUAUAUUAUAACUAGAAAAAGAGAAAUUUAAGAAAAAAUAACUAUAAAAUUAAGUUUAAUACAAAAAAUACGAAAGUAAAAAAAAAAACAAAAGUAUAAAAAAAGCAAAAUAAACUAAUUUGAAAUUGAAAAACUA